CAGAGCUGAGCAGAGCAGAGCAGAGCAGUGCCCAACGGAUUACCAAAAGGACUAAAAACGAAACCAACUCGAAAUGGCCGCCAAUCAGAAAAUUGUCUUCGCCCUCGUGUGCCUGUGUCUGGGCCUCAAUGUGGUCUUGGGCCAGCAGCAGCCCGCCAAUAGCUCGGACAACGCCACGGAUGUAGCUGAGAGCCGCACCUUUGGCCAUCAUUUUCUGCGCCGCAUCAGCUUCGCUUUGGUGCCUGGAGCUUUCGUGGUGGGCGUGAUCACCACACUGCUGGCAGCUCUGACAGUCGUCUCCAUGAAGGGACUGGGCGUGGGCGUCAUUCUGCUGGUGCUGGCCAUCGGACAGAUGCUGUCGCGUGCGCUGCCAGUGCAGGCAGCCGCCUAUGCUGCCGCACCCGUGGCAGCUCCCGUGCCCGUCGUCUACUCGCACUCGCACACCCAGCAGCCCGUGUGGCUGGAGAAGGAGUGGUAGAGGGGGGUCAGAGUUCGGGGCGAGAGAGCUAGCUGGUAGCAGGCCAUGUUAUAAUACCUCAACCUCAGCGAGCAUGCAACCAAAUAAUAAUUUAAGUUU